AUGCCUACAAUGUGGUUGUCCGACUCCCAAAGCGGCUUCUUCCUCAUCGGCGGUGUCCUCCUCUUCUUUGACCGGGCGAUGCUUGCCAUGGGCAAUAUCCUCUUCCUAAUCGGCCUAACCAUAAUAAUCGGUCCCGCCAAAACCAUCACCUUCUUCGCGCGCAAGCAAAAGGCCAAAGGCACGGCCGCCUUUUUCCUCGGACUCCUGCUAAUCCUGAUGCGCUGGCCUCUGAUCGGCUUCUGCGUGGAGCUUUACGGCAUCAUGAUCCUUUUCGGGGACUUCCUGGGAACGAUAGCGGGUUUCGCGCGCAACAUUCCGGUUGCAGGACCAUAUAUCGGUGCUGCGGUGGAUAGGAGUGGUUUUGUGGCGAGGCAGAAUGCGGAUUUGCCUGUUUAA